AUGCUCUCAGUCGCGGUCAUAACAGGCGGAGCGGGUGAUAUCGGCCGGGCCAUUGCCGCUAAGCUUGCGGAAUCACACGAUCGCGUGGUUCUGGUAGAUAUAAACGAAGCAAAAGCAAACGAAGUCACCACCAUGCUAAAUAGAAGCGUCGAAACACAGGGUGAACAAGCCGAGGGGAGUGAGCGGUUCACCUCUAUAAUCUGUGAUAUCACGGAGCCUACCCAGGUGACCGAGCUAGCCCGCAAAGUCCUCAGUAUGGAUGGCGAAGUACACACUAUCGUCAACAACGCCGGCGCGACCUUUUCCGCCUCGCUGCAACAAACAACCCCGGAGAUAUGGAAGCGAGAAACAGCCCUAAACAUCGAUGCCUCAUUCCUCAUCUUUCACGCGUUCGCUGGCUCACUCAAACGCACUGGUGGCAGUGUCGUCAACAUAGCCUCCGUCAACGGCCUUGGGGUCUUUGGGAACCCCGGGUACAGCGCUGCCAAGGCGGGGCUUAUUCAUCUCACCCGUUCAAUUGCCGUUGAGUAUGCGAAGUUUGGUAUCAGGGCGAAUGCCGUCGCGCCGGGAACUGUGAGGACGAGCGUUUGGGAGGAUCGCGUGGAAGCUAACCCGAACGUUUUCGAGGAGGCUAUGCAAUGGUAUCCGUUAAAGAGAACAGUUGAACCUGUAGAUGUUGCCAAUGCAGUUGCGUUUCUUAGUAACAAGGAACUGGCGUCUGCGAUUACGGGGGUUAAACUUAUCAAUGGGCUUGUAAUCCCAUCGCAGAUCUAG